AUGGACUUAGGGCAGGAAUUCAGCAGCAGUUCAAGUAACCUGGACUACUCUAUACCAGCCACGCAUCUAGCCAGCACCUCGUCUGCUCACGGUGCCAGACCAUUCAGAUCGAGAAAGCAGCGUCCAUGCGAUUUAUGCCGUAGAUCUAAGACUCGCUGCUUUAUUACCGAAUCUGGUCCUCCUUGCAACGAGUGUAAGCAAACGAAUAAGUCUUGUACCUUCCAAGAGGCUCCACAGAAGAGGAAGAGGAAGCUUCCACUUCCCCAAGACCAGAAUCUACAACCACCGCCAACGACUACGCAGCCACUCCCCUCUUCUAACACGCCCCCCUCCACCACACGUGGCACACGCAAGAGACCUUCGAAUUCCGGCACCCAGCAAAACCCUUACGACGAAAUUAACUUCACCCCGUACAUUCCCUCUGAUAUGUCUUCUCUCAGCAACGUUUUCGCUAGUCUCGACCUCAGUACCCCUGAAUCACAUGAACCACAUCUCGUUAGUUCGGCACCAGACGAUAUCUCAAACCUUCUCCCACCCGGCCCUUCUUUAGUCCGGCAGCUCAGCCUCGACCCUAACAGGCCCGUCUUUGCCGUCUUUGAGAGGAAGCCCCACUACCGCUCCUCUUUGGAUCCUGGUUUGGCUCUCCUCUCCCAAGUUGACCAGGUACUCGCCCAAUGCGACUGCUCCCGAGACCAACUCAUCCAGAACUACCUCUCUAUUGUCCACCCUGCCUAUCCUGUCCUCCCCGAUGGCAAUCAGACCACCCCACCGUACUUACUCGGUGCUAUAUACUCCUCAGCGCUUAUUUUCACCACCGACCAAACCUCCAUACCUAUCAACGCUUGGGCUAUCCUCCACGUAGCCACACACCCAGAUUUCGACAAACCGAAGCUGUCGACUAUCGCUGCCAACUUGUUAGAUCUCAAUGGAAGACCAUCGAUGGAUCCACGCGGUAACUAUUUAGUUCUAGCACGCACAGUCGCGCAGGCGCAGCUCCUUGGUCUUCACCUUGACCCCACUGACUGGUCUAUUCCGAGCUGGGAGCGUGAUCUGCGCAUAAGGUUAUGGUGGGGGUGUGUCAUUCACUCCUCCUCUAUUGCCGUAUAUGAGAAUCGGCCGACGCACAUCUCGCCCGCAGACACAGACGUACCGCUCCCAUCGCUCAAUUCUCUCCCCCAGCCGUCGCCCUCAGCGAGGAGUUUCCGCGGUAUGUGUGCGUUAUGCCAUUUGCUAGUACGCACCCACGAGGCGCUUGUCACAGUGCGCGCAAAGCGGCAGAAGAACCGUCAAGAGAAGCUGCAGACGGUGUUCGUUCUCGAGCACGAAGCGGAGAAGUUCUACAACGAGUCUAUCCCACUUGAGAAGAGUCCCGGCACGCUUAGUUUCCAAUGGGAGAUCAUGGGACUGAGAUUAUUUUUGCGCAAGCAAGCGCUAGAAUUUCAGCACCACGGAGCUGCACUCCCUCCGCCGGACAAGCAGAGUAUGGAGCUUGUGCACAUGAUGGUGGAGUUCCUUAGCACACUUUCCGAAUCUGAUAUACGCGGUUAUUGGCUAAUUUAUGCAGCGAACCACUUUACGCUGCUGCUGACGGUGCUCAUCCGUCUCGCUUUCUAUAGCAAGGAGUCGGCCAUGGCACCUUUUAUACCACAUAACACCCACUCGAGCCCGCUUGGACUGCUCGCUAAGUACUCGCUCAUCCUUCAGCGCACGGCGAAGAAUUACAAGUGGGAUCUUGUGCAUAAGGCGCUCGAGAAGGCGGCGGAUGUAAUGGUGCGUUUACGCAAAUAUCACCGACCUGAUAUAUUGGCGGCGCUCGAGGGAAAAUUUGUGUACGAUCCGAGCGGCGCUACGCAGCACCAUCACAGUCGCUCGGCGUCCUUCAGCGGCGGUGGUGGAGGAAGUGGAGGCGGAAGUGUUGGCGUUGGUGUUGGUGCUGGAGCAGCGGCCGGUGCAGCGGCAGCUGGAGCAAGCGCGAGUGCAGGAAAUGGUAAUAGUAAUGGUAAUGCACCUACACAAGUAGCUUCCCAGCCUUCACCACAAUCGUCACAAAAUGCACCUGGACACACUCACACACCAAGCACAUCAACCACUUCACCUCCCACUGCUACAUCAUUACCUAUUAAACAUCGCACAGGGAGUCUGGAUGUGAAUAAGGGAGGAAAUAGUUUCGACAUGCAUCCAUGGGAUCCGUCGAAUAUACUAUCGACGCUGGAUGCACCAAAUUAUAUACACGGUGGAAGUCCAUCAUUCGUACCGUCAUUCGAUAGCGGAUGGGGUACGCAAUUCAUGCCGCAGGCGGCGGCGACUAGUGCAACAGGCGGAUUGGCGGCUAGUCAUGAACUUCCAAGUAACCUGUCGGCGUUGGCUGGGAUAGGACCCGAUGAGCAUCACGCUCAGAGUCACACCCUUCAUGCUCACAGAGACCAUGAAGUGCACCUCAACACUAUGACCCACGAUCCAUUCUUUGAUGAUGGCAGCAAGACAAUUGGUAGCCUGCAUGGCUGGUAG